AUGACACUCGUCUCGCCUGAACAUGUGGCCUCGGCCCCGAAGUUGAAUGCACCACCUCCAGGCAUCGGCGAUGAUGAGCAUGCAAAAGCGUGGCGCGAGACUGGCUAUCAGUUUACCGAUAGUAAUCAAUGUACCUUCUGUGAGAAGUACGGUCAUGGUCCAGCUCGAUGCGUGUAUCUCAAUCCCAACCUUCGCAACACACACUGGCAGCCUGAUCCAACCCUCUGGGUCUACAAAGAGGGCAAAAAUAACAGCAAAUUGAAGAAAAAGAAGAAAAAUGCUAACAAGAAAGCCAAGACUGAAACAUCAACCCAGUUGAUCGUGGCCCAGAAGCCCCGAGGCGAUGGUAACCAUGCUCAAACCGCACCAGUCUCAACCGGGGCGAUUGCCGCAAAAAUCCGGCUUCAGGCUCCGAUCUUCAAUCUUGUUCCUCUCGAAAUUCACGCCCUCGCAACCCUGAACAUUCCCCGCCAUCACUGGGCUGUCAUCCUCGGCUACUUUCAACAUAUCACCAACAGCAAGGAAAGCUUCGUUGACUACCACGAAUACACUCCGGCGGAGAUCCCCUACCGAUUCCGGGACCUGACUGGUACACUCAGGACCGCUAUCGGCGUGGGACGGGUUCGGGUCAGUGUCUUACUUGGAAAAUGCUUUCACAAUGAUCUCAUCAUGAACGCGGUCUACUGCCCGGGCCUGGCAUGCAACAUCUUCUCCUUGGGGAUGGCGAGACACAUGAUGAAUUUGUGGUACGACAUGGAGACAUACAGCCUGAAGGAUGUGUUGACCAACCGGCCGGUGGCGCAAGUCUUUGAGGAGAAAUGCACGCUCUUUCUCCGCACUGCCCUGGCGUGA